CAAUAUAUAUAUAUAUAUAUAUAUAUGGGUAUGUGGGUGUGAAUUGCAGCUAGCUGAAGGCAACCAUCCAUUCAAUAUCUUAUCAGACGGUCUUAGAGGCAAGCUGAAAGUACUCCGACCAUGAAGCGGCAGCAUGUCGUGGUGCUACCCAGUCUUGGCUUGGGCCACCUCAUCCCUCUCUUAGAAUUCUCCAAACGCCUUGUCCUCCACCAUGACCUCCAGAUCAGCUUCCUCAUCAUCACCACCACCACCGACAAUUCCUCGUCAUCAGCGGCAAACGGCCAACUCCUUCAGCCUUCAAACCUCCCUCCCGAUCUCCACCUCGUCCAACUUCCUCCCGUUGAUGUUGAUAAAGUCACCAACAGUGAGAUGCAAAUCUUAACCCGUGUCUGCACCAUCACAGAAGAGGGCCUCCGGUCCUUAAAAUCGGUCUUGAUGGAUAUAGGCAUCCCGAAGGCUCUUAUAGUGGAUCUCUUCUGCACACAGGCUUUCGAAGUUUGCCGUGAACUUUCAAUUCCCGCGUACUCAUUGAUCACUACCUCGGUUUCUUUCUUCGCCUUCUCCCUGUAUUUUGUGGAGCUUGAUCGUACCGUUGAGGGUGAUUUGGCUGAUCUUCCUGAACCGAUUCAGGUUCCCGGUUGCGGUCCUGUGCGAAUAGAAGACCUGCUAGAUCAGGCCCGUAUCAGAAAUAGUGAUGAAUAUAAAUGGUUUUUGUUUCACACGAGCCGGUGGCGUUUGGCGGACGGCCUAUUUUUGAACUCGUGGGAAGAUUUUGAACCGGUCACGCUACAAGCAAUAAGAGAGAAUCCAUUCUUCAAGAGUGUGACACCGUCUAUUUACCCAAUUGGACCGGUGAUUAAACAAGAGGAACCUGAUGAAUCAGCCGCGGAAUACAUGUCAUGGCUGGAUAAGCAACCACCAGACUCCGUUGUCUUUGUAGCGCUUGGUAGUGGGGGAACUUUGUCAGGGGAGCAGAUUAUUGAGUUGGCUUGGGGUUUGGAACUGAGUCGGCAACGAUUCAUAUGGGUGGUACGUAAACCAACGGAAGCUUCUAGUUCAGGUACAUUUUUCAAUGUGGGAAGUGAUACAAAUAGCCCAGAGGAGUAUCUUCCAGCAGGGUUCCUGGAGAAGACACAGGGAGUGGGAGUGGUGGUACCAUCGUGGGCCCCCCAAGUGCCCGUGCUCCACCAUCCAUCAACAGGCGGGUUCAUAACUCAUUGUGGAUGGAAUUCAACGUUGGAGACUAUAGUUCACGGCGUGCCAAUGAUAGCGUGGCCUCUCUACGCGGAGCAAAAAAUGAACGCAACGGUGCUAGCGGAGGAUAUUGGAGUAGCCAUUAAACCGAAGGUGAAGACGGGACAGACGGUGGUGGGACGGGAACAGAUAGCGAGAGUGGUGAGGAUGGUGAUUGAGGGUGAUGAAGGAAAUACAAUACGACGUCGGGUUAGGGAACUGAAGGAAACUGCCACAAAAGCACUGGAUGCCGGUGGGUCAUCGCAUGAAUCGGUCUGUCGGGUGGUGGAGGAAUGGAAGGCGCUGAGCUGACUUUGGAUUUGAAGACGUAACAGGUGGUUAGUUCCCAUUGAACGUAUUAGACUAUUAGCAUUCACCGGAUGAAUAAAAAGUGAAAUAAAUUUAGUUAUUUUCACCAGUUAUUGAUGGCAGGCACCAAAAGAAUAGAAGCCUUCCGGUGCCUUAGCUAAGAUGUGCCCAAGAUUACCCCCAAGUUAUUGCUGGGUUUUUUUUUCUUUUUUUCUUUUUUUAUCAAAUAAAAAUUGUAUAAGAAGAGAUUAUCUUCUCCUCAUAAAUUAUUAUUAUUAUU